AUGGCGCCCACAAGUGGUGAGAGCCAGCUUCAUUUCCGGCAUUGUAUAGUUGUAUCUGUUGGAGAAGACAGUGAUGAUGAUGAUGAUAAUGAUGGUGCUGGUGAAGUUGUGGUAAUACACGACUUUGAUACAGAUAUUACUGAGGACUCACUUUCUGAUGAUGAAGUGGUGCUUCUACUAACAGAUUCUGAAGAUGACAGUGAUAUCCCUGAGGAACCGCCUGAAUUUUCAUUUGACAUGGAAGAUUUUGCAGCAUUAAAUAGCCAAGUAGUUUCAUGUCUGGCAUGUUUAAAAAGAGGUAACCCUGACUCAGAGGAAGUGGAGUCUAUGCCAUUGUGCAAAAAAGGGCGACUCUCUGUUCCAGAAGACGAUCGCAUGGAGAACAAUGCAGCUGAAAAUUUAUUUAAUGGAGAUCGUCAUAACCAAAUUAUUGAACUCCAACGCUAUUGUCAGAAUUUGCAUGAACUUACUGAAAUCAUCACUAGUCAUAUUAACCGCCUUCGUGAAAUAGUUUCAGAAAUGCGGCGUUCUUUGGGGACACCACAGAUGCUACCCUGUGGAGAUGAUAACCCAUCUUUACCAGCAGAGAGGCAGGAAAACGAUGCUGAGACCAAUCCAGGAGGAAUAUCUCUUCAGUCAGCAGCAUCCCCUGCAGUGCAGCAACCAGAGCUCAGAGAGAGUCCACCACUUCCCAGGAUUGUCUUUACAUGCUCAUUACAGCCGAAUCAUGACUCAGGCAGCCCGGAUACUAGGCUUGCUCUUCUGUCCAUUUUCAAUGAAGAUGAUGAAAGUACCAACAGUGGUCUCUUAUCUGCCCAGCAUUCUCUAGCAGAACCUACAGCAUAUCUUCCACAAGCAGAAUCCAGUCUGCCCGACAACUUUGAGACAGUGAGAUAUUCAACUAUAAAUAACAGCAUGAACCCAGACACUGCCUUGCCAUCUCUCUGCAUCCCUCCCAAUUUUGAAACACCAGGAGAAGCAGAAACCAGCCUUGUAAGCAGCACUGAGACAAUACAUUACCCAACUUUACAGGAAAAUGGCAGUGGCCAGGAUACUGUCUCAUCUGUCUUCAUUCCUCCCAAUUUUGAAACCAGCGGGGAAAAUGACACUCCAGUGAUGAAUCAGCCACCUUUCUUGGAAUAUGGCAGUGAUGAAGAUGCUUCAUAUAUCUUAAUCUCUUCUGAUUCUGAAUCCAGCACAGAAGUGAGUUCUGAAGCAGAGAAUCAUGGAAGUGUAAUAAAAAAUGACAGUAACCAACAAACGGAUUCAGAACCUUUCUUCGUAGCUUCUGGAUUUGCAUUUGUACCUGUAAAAGUAUUGGUGACAGAAGAAAACAGCAUGGAAAACAGACCUGGAACAAUAGAUAACCCAAUUGUACUGGAAGAUGACAAUAGCCAAGCUUCUUCCUCAUCAUCUGUCCUCAGGCCUUCCAGUUUUGGAUAUCUUGGUGAUCCAAGAAGAAAUGUCAGAAUGCUUGAUAUUCAUUUGAUGGCUGUACAAAAGAAGGCCAUACCUAGGCAUGCAGCCUGCUACUUGGUUCGUAUUUUGUUCUCCAAGGAAAUCCUGAUUUCCAGCUCAGUAGGUAUCAGUUCCCAAGGCUGCCAAUUCCUGGAUCCAAACAAAAUGGCUGCAAUAAGAGAACAUCUGGCAGCAGUUUUUCCCAACUAUGAUUUGAGUGAACAUGGAGAAGAGUGGCAAGCCUGUAUUUCCAAUAUCAAUUCUCUGAUCCGCAAUUUAUGUUCGAGAAGAACACCAAAAACUGUUCAUAACAAUGGAGGGCCUACCAAACGCAAAAGAGAUUCGAAUGAUGAAAGAGAUGGUGAUGACAAUGCAGGUAGUUCCCAGGUUUCUCAGCAAGAAGCUAUCUCAGAAACAAGAGAACAUGGGAAUUCUCCCCAGAACAGCAGCGCUAUCCCUGAAGGAAUUCAAGACCCUUCCACUGAUGUUGCAGCAGUCUCUUAUGAAACACUAGAAUAUCUUGGCGAUCCAAGUAGAAAUAUACAGAUGCCGAAAUCACUUCUGAUUACAGCAAAAGAGAAGUCUCGCCCAGAGCUGUCAGCCAGAUUCCUUAUUCGCAACCUGUUCACAGAGGAAGUCCUAAGUAGUGUCCGUGGCAAUCUGGAGUGUGGAGUGCACUCCCUGAACGCCAAUAAAAUUAAUGCUCUUCGAGAAUUUCUCCAGGACAUCUACCCGACUUGUGAUCUAUCGGAAAAUGGAUACGACUGGAAAUUGUGUAUGAUGGCUAUGAAUAGUUAUAUUCGUAGUCUUAGAUGUCACCUGGAGAGGUCCACAGAUGAAUCACAGUCACCUCCAGCAACGACUCCUUCAACAGAGUCCAAGCCAAAAGAUACUGACUUAGCUGACUAA